GGCUGCAUUAAACGAUUCCACCUCAGAUUUGCAGAAUCCCCAUGUUACUUAAAUGUUCUUUCUCUCCCACACACCACCACACAUAGAAAGAGAGAGAGGGACGCCGAGACAGCGAGAGAAAGAGAAGCUUGAACAGCCUCCAUUGCUACCAUAACAUACAGCCUUUCUCAUUAGACUAUCUCAAAGAAGAAAACUUUCAGAGUUUGAAAAGCAUCACAGAUAUGGGUGAAGAGAACAAGGAAGAGGAAAAGAAAGAGGAAAGCAAAGAAGAAAAGAAGGAAGAAGAGAAAAAGGAAGAAAAGAAGGAAGACGAACCACCAGAGAUUGUACUCAAGGUUGAUAUGCAUUGUGAAGCCUGUGCUAGGAAAGUGGCAAGAGCCUUGAAGGGAUUUGAAGGAGUGGAGGAGGUAACUACAGAUAGCAAGACCAGCAAAGUGGUGGUGAAAGGUAAAGCAGCAGACCCAAUAAAGGUAUGCGAAAGGCUACAAAAGAAAAGUGGAAGGAAGGUGGAGAUAAUUUCACCUUUGCCAAAACCCCCCGAGGAGAACAAAGAAGAAAACAAGGAACAGAAGGAAGAGAAGAAAGAAGAGCCUCCUGCUGUUGUAACAGUUGUACUAAAAGUUCGAAUGCAUUGCGAAGCAUGCGCUCAAGUUUUACAGAAGCGAAUCAGAAAGAUAAAAGGCGUUGAAUCAGUGUCAACAGACCUAGCUAAUGAUCAGGUAGUAGUAAAGGGAGUGGUGGAACCAACAAUGCUGGUUGAUUAUGUGUACAAGAGAACCAAGAAGCAGGCUUCAAUAGUGAAAGAUGAAGAAAAGAAGGAAGAAGAGAAGAAAGAAGAAGAGAAGAAGGAAGAAGAAAAGAAAGAUGGUGAAGAAGGCAAGGGAGACGAUGACAAGAAGAGUGAUAUCAAGAAAAGUGAAUAUUUGCCACCCAAGUACUUGGAGUAUACGUAUGCAUAUCCUCCUCAGAUUUUCAGUGAUGAGAAUCCUAAUGCUUGCUCUGUUAUGUGAUUAAUGCUAUAUGUAUGUACCUUUGAUGUAGUUUUAGUCUGCCCUAUGCAAUUUUCUAAUAUGUACUUAGAUAUGUUAAUAAGACAUUGGCAAGAACAGAAAUCAAGGGGGCUAUGCCGACCUCGGCAUCCCAUAUAAAUAUUAUGCGUCUUGAGGUUUGAAGUAUGUACCUGUGGACUAUGGACAUCUCUAAAAACUGGCAGUACUGAGCAAUGUUGGCCUAAGUUUUUGUAUCUAAGAAUUUGGCACA